AUGGAUGAAGCAACACAUGAUGAGCUUCUUCAAGGUGAAGCACACAUAUGGAAGCACAUAUUCAGCUUCGCAAAUUCCAUGGCACUAAAAUGUGCGGUGGAACUAGGUAUACCCGACAUCUUACACUCUCAUAAUCGCCCUUUAUCACUCCCCGAAAUCGCCUCAAAUAUUUUCACCAACUCCUCCUCAUAUAAUUCCUCCCCACACACCCUCAAUAACCUCUCACGAAUUAUGCGACUUUUAGUUCACAACCAAAUAUUCACUUCCACCAUUUCUCAUGAUUCUGAUGGCAUUUCCCCUCCCGUCACACUCUACGCCCUGACCGCGGCUUCCCGGUGGCUAGUACGAUCCGGCCAAAAUGAGUUAAGCUUAUCCCCGUUGUUGCUCUUGGAAAACACUCCAUGGAUGCUUAAUCCAUGGCAAAAUUUAAGCACUUGUGUAAAAGAAGGUGGUUGUACGUUUCAAAAGGCUCAUAAUGGACGUGCAUUUUACGAUGUGGUUGGAAAAGAACCGGAAUUCAUGAGGGUCUUUUAUGAUGCAAUGAAACACACUGGAAAUAUUACUAUGAAAAAGGUGCUUUCUUCUUCUAGGGUUAGUAAUGCAAUAUGGGAAGGCUUGGAAUCUGUGGUGGACGUUGGUGGUGGAACUGGAAGUGCAAUUGCGGAGAUUGUUAAGACUUAUCCGCGUAUUAAAGGGAUUAAUUUUGAUUUGCCCCAGGUUAUUGAAAUCGCUCCGGAACACGCCGGAGUUACUCAUGUCGCCGGUGACAUGUUUGACGCUAUACCUAGUGCUCAGGCUCUCUUUCUCAAGUGGAUUUUGCACAAUUGGGAUGAUGAAAACUGUGUGAAGAUAUUGAAAAACUGUGGGAAAGCACUUCCGGAGAAAACGGGAAAGCUAAUUAUCGUUGAUUUGGUCUUAAAACCCGAUGACGAUGACGAUAUAUUUGGGAGCACAGGGAUGGCAUUUGAUUUGCAAAUGCUUGUCAACUUUCAAGGUUUGGAAAGGACUGAAGUUGAGUGGAAAAACCUUCUUGAAAAAGGAGGGUUUCCUCGUUACAAAAUUACUAAAAUCCCAGAUUUGUUCUCAAUUAUUGAAGCCUUUCCUUCCAAACUGACGCUUAAUUUGUCCAUGCCUUUCAAAUAACUUGGG